AUGCUGCAUGGUUGCGUGGGGGUGCUUGGGGAGUCCGGCAGUGGGCGUACAUCCCUUGCUUCUGCCGCCGCACGGGCUGCGCUUCGUUGCGGCUCCGCGUCUGACUUCCACUCCUUAAGCUCGGGUUCCUCUGUGACGUACAUUUAUCAACCGUCCGUCUCCAAGCGAAGGGAGUGCCUGCAGGUGAGAGUUGUUGAUAGUGGACCUGUCCCACUUCGCGGUGGUACGGCUGAUCGCGUGCUGCCACGUUGUGACACUGUUGUCGUCGCCUUUUCCCUGACGGGCAUCAAGCAAAAACGCUCUGGCGCACAGAGCAACUUCGCCUUCAUGGGGAAGUGCCGAGGCGGUUGCGAGAGUUCGUCUCUGACUCUUAUCCAUUCAGGAGAUCGAGCAUUACUUCAUGAUUUGUUCGCGACGAUUGCCGCUCGGGUCUCUCCUGGAGGGCGGAGCCCAAACAUAAUUUUGGUGGGCACCCGCAAGGACUUAUUGACAGACCAGUCCACAGGAGCAGUGGAACUUCUCUUAAAAGAACUUCGGUCGAUUUGUACCGGCCUGUUGGCGUCCUUCCGGCAGCCAGCACUUGUGGUGAACGCGUUAUUUGCGGCGAGUGCGCUGGAUGGCUCUUGCGUCGCAGAGAAUCGAGGGGGUCCUGCCACUCUGGCAGAGAUGUGGAGCUUCAUUUGCGAUGUCACGCUGAAAGAUGCCGUCUCCCGUCAUUCGCUGAGGACGGCAGCUCCGCCGCUUCCAAGCAACGAGCGCUUCUGGCGCGCCUUCCGCCUCGCCCCCUUUUCCAGAGCCCCUUCAGAGACGUCCACUUCUCAGGGGGCGGAGGCGUCUACCAGCUGGAGGGGCGCGCAUGACAAAGACAAUGACCACAACGGUGAUGAUAAUAAUCCCUCCUCUUCUCGUUCAGUGGUUGACGCGCCGAGGCCUCUGCACAUGGAUGUUGUCAACGCCAAACUGCUUCGUCUCAUUGCCCGCGCCAAGGCGAAGGAGAACAUUAUUUUUAUUUAUCGUAACUCUCUUAUGAGACUUAUUUAUUCAUCGGCGGUGGUCAGCAGAAAACAAGUAACGCUGAUUUUGGAGCAGCUGCAACUUGCUGGGGAGGUUGUUUUGUUCCGACAUCCGUCGGAAGUGGUGCCGUCGCGCGAUGUGUGUGUUUGCCUCCAUCCGCAAUUUAUCGCACGGGCUCAAGCAACGGUGUUCCUCUACGCCAACUACGCCAACAAUUGUUCAGAGGCGCACGGCAAGCUGCUCAAGGAUGUUAGCUUGGAGCGGUGUGGAGAGUGCGACCCGAAUCAAGAUGUCUCACGCGGCACCUUUCCAUAUCUGUUGUUGCUGGAGCUUUCCCCCAGACUCAAGCUUCCCCGUUCCCUAGCAAAGGAAAUGGAAACAUUUGCAAUGCUGCUUUUGCUUUCUGGCACGGCGCUUCUUCGACACGCCUCCGCAGCGAAAGAAACGAAUACAGGAGACGCUUCCACGGGUUACAUGGUGGCUACAGAAAGGAAAACCGAUGCGGCACGCGUUGCAAGUGUUCAUUCCUCAUUCUCCCAUGCGACGAUGGGCUCGUCUGGGAGCAGGAGUCCGGCUAGUGAAUCAGAGACGGGACCAGCGGAUUUUGCCGUGCCGCCGACGCAGCAGCGUCGGCUGGUGGAAUAUGUUGUUCCUAGUUUGAUUCGCAAGCGAUGCCCAGAUGAGGUGCUCGAAUGUGUGCGCUAUUUCUCUGCCACAGCAGGCGAGGCGACAGAUGAACAGCAGACUUUCAUGCUAUCACGCGUGGUACUGCUGCGUCAUUGCCCGCCAGAUUUUUUCCCUCUGCUGACGAGUCGUCUGCACCGCUACUUGGUUCCAUAUGUUCCCAUUUUUUCUGAUGCUCUUUGGCUGGGCGGUUUGGCGCCUGCAGGGCCACCUCACCCCCUCUUGCGCAUGUGUGUUUGUUGCACACACGCUGGAGCCGCCGAUGCGCCGGCGGAGGCAGGAGACCCGAACCUCGGCGUGUCGCACCUUGAGUUUCACGCCUAUUCGGAUGUGGGACAUUUGCCGCUGGCGCUGUUUGUGGAUGGCAUCACGCGCAAUGUGUCGUCUUUACUUCUGCGCGAGUUCCCUGGAGUCUGCACGGAGGCGCUACCAAACAACACCCCUCUGCAAGGGAGGCCGUCGAGCGGCAGUUGUCUGCCUGCGGCUCUCGUGGAAAGAGGCGAGAUAGACUUCUUCACUGGCCUGACGGCGUUGAAGAAGCUGGACGCACUCUUUCAAUUACACAAACCUGCGAUCCCUGCACCCCUGCACCCGUGUAUGAUGACAGCUUAA